AACGUGGCGUCCAACGAGGCCAACAGCAGCGCCGCGGGCAGUGGCGCGGAGUCGGCCGCCCUGUUCUCCAAAUUGCGUAGCUUCUCGAUUGGCAGCGGGCCAAAUUCGCCGCAGCGCGUUGUCUCCAAUUUGCGCGGCUUUCUCACCCACCGCCUCAGCAAUAUCACACCGAGCGAUACAGGAUGGAAGGACUCGAUAUUGUCCAUACCCAAGAAGUGGCUCUCCUCGGCCGAAUCUGUAGACGAAUUUGGAUUCCCUGAUACUCUGCCGAAGGUGCCUGUCCCACCGCUAGAUCAGACAAUGGCCGACUAUGUGCUCGCCCUGGAGCCCAUCACAACGCCGGCGCAGCUGGAACGCACCAAGGGCAUCAUCAAGGAGUUCAUGUCGCCGCAGGGUCUGGGACCCCGACUGCAUCAGUAUCUGCUGGACAAGCGCGAGGCCGAGGAUAAUUGGGCUUACUAUUACUGGCUCAACGACAUGUACAUGAAUGUGCGCAUCCCGUUGCCGAUCAACUCGAAUCCUGGCAUGGUUUUUCCGCCUCGCCGCUUCCGUACCGUGCACGAUGUGGCCCACUUUGCGGCCCGGCUACUGGACGGGCUGCUCGCCCACAAGGAGAUGCUGGACAGCGGGCAGCUGCCGCUGGAGCGUGCCGCCUCUCGCGAGAAGAAUCAGCCGCUGUGCAUGGCCCAGUAUUAUCGCCUGCUCGGCUCGUGUCGUCGUCCGGGCGUGGAGCGCGACUCGCAGUAUUUGCCCAGGUGUGAGCAGCCGGGCGAGGAGGAUCGCCACGUGGUAGUCAUCUGUCGCAAUCAGAUGUAUUGCGUCGUGCUGCAGGCCAGCGAUCGUGGCAAACUCUCGGAGAGCGAAAUUGCCUCCCAGAUCCUGUACGUGCUCAGCGAUGCGCCAUGCUUGCCCGCCAAGCCGGCGCCUAUCGGGCUGCUGACAGCCGAGCCACGCUCCCAGUGGGCUCGGGAUCGGGAGGCACUGCAGUCGGAUGAACGCAAUCAGCGCAAUCUGGAGCUGAUCGAGACGGCGCUGGUCGUACUCUGCCUGGACGAGCCGCUGGGCCGCAAUUUCAAUGCACGCGGCUUUACAGGUGCCACGCCCAGCAUGCACAUGGCCGGCGAACGGGAUGAGACGAACAUGGCGCACGAAAUGAUCCAUGGUGGCGGCAGCGAGUUCAAUUCUGCCAACCGCUGGUUCGACAAGACCAUGCAGCUCAUCAUUUGCACGGACGGCAGCUGGGGCCUGUGCUACGAGCACUCCACCUCCGAGGGCAUCGCCGUUGUGCAGCUGCUGGAGAAGAUCUACAAGUCGAUUCUCGAGCAGCCGUUCGAUGACAACGGCCUGCCGCAGCAUCAUUUACCGCCGCCGGAGCGUCUUGAGUGGCAUGUCCCAGCCGAGGUGCAGCUGCGCUUUCCGCAGGCCGCCGUCAGCGUAGACAAGGCCAUCGACAAUCUGGAUUUCUACGUCUAUCGCUACAACGGAUAUGGCAAGAAUUUUGUCAAGGCCUGCCAGGUCAGCCCGGAUGUCUACAUACAGCUCGCACUGCAGCUGGCCCACUACAAACUUUACGGCCACCUCGUGGCUACCUACGAGAGUGCUUCCACCAGGCGCUUCCUGCACGGCCGCGUGGAUUGCAUACGUGCCGCCAGCACGGAGGCCCUGGAAUGGGCCAAAGCCAUGUGUCAGGGCGAAGGCGCCAAUGUGCCGCUGGAGAGCGAUCGCGAAGAUGACGAGGAGGAUGCCCGGAAAGUCAAAUUUAGCAUUUAUAGCAAGGAGCAUUUGCGGGAGCUCUUCCGCUGCGCCGUCGCCCGCCAGACAGAGGUGAUGGUCCGGAAUAUUCUGGGCAAUGGCAUCGAUAUACCAUUGUUGGGAUUGCGCGAGGCCUCCGUCGAGGUUACCGGCGAGCUGCAUGAGCUCUUCACAGACGAGUCCUACAAGAUAUCGCAAUGCUUUCUGCUCUCCACCAGUCAGGUCGCCUGCAGCACGGACAGCUUCAUGGGCUACGGUCCGGUGACACCUCGUGGCUAUGGCUGUUCCUAUAAUCCGCAGCCGGAACAGAUUGUCUUUUGCGUGUCGGCCUUCUACGCCUGCGAGGAUACGAGCGCCUCACGCUAUGCCAAAUCACUGCAGGACUCGCUCGACAUAAUGCGCGACCUGCUCCAGAACUAGAUAUAAAUAACGAAGCGAAAAGCAACACAACAAAGCAAACAUAUCAUUAAAUGUACCUUAGCAACAAUUUGUCCAUGAAGAUCCUAAUGGAUCUCCCUAACUAUACAACUCAAGGAGGAGAAGUGGAAAGCCCUGAAAGAAGGAACAAAUUAUAUAGAGAAGAAAGGGAAGACCAGAUAUAAGGAUAAAGUUAUAUAGAGAAGAAAAGGAAAAA